CUCUUGAAAUAAUUUGUGAAGGAACUCUGCUUCUUGGCCAGGUCACAUGAUUUACCAGGAAGUAACAAGAUGCGGUAGUGAACGAGCUAGCUAUUAAUAAACAUUUCAUAUAGUUCAUCAGCUGCUAUGUACCUGGUUAACUAACUAUGUGAUUCGUAGCCUACUUUGGAGUAAACAUUCUCUAUCAAAAAGCACCGUUAUGGACAAAGCUUUGGUCUCCGUCGUUUUAGCCAUCCUAAUCGCCCACUGCAAAUGUAAAUACGAACCUACGUGGGAAUCGAUUGACUCCCGACCUAUACCUGUCUGGUUCGAUCAAGCCAAAUUUGGCAUCUUCGUGCACUGGGGGGUAUUCUCUGUCCCCAGCUACGGAAGUGAGUGGUUUUGGUGGUACUGGCAGGGGGAGAAAUUGAAGCCAUAUGUUGAUUUUAUGGAGCAUAACUAUCCCCCCGGCUUUCAGUACCAAGACUUUGCACCCCAGUUCACAGCAGAGUUCUUUGAUGCAAAACAGUGGGCAGAUAUCUUUGCUGCAUCUGGGGCAAAAUAUGUAGUGCUCACAACAAAGCAUCAUGAAGGUUUCACUCUGUGGGGCUCCAAAUAUUCCUGGAACUGGAAUGCGGUAGAUGUAGGGCCAAAGAGGGACCUGGUGGCAGAGGUCGCCGAUGCCUUGCGAGCACAAAGUGACCUCCGUCUGGGACUUUACCACUCCCUCUUCGAGUGGUUCAAUCCCCUCUUCAGGCAGGAUGCUGCAAACCUGUUCACCACUAACCAGUUCCCUAAUACUAAGACCUUACCAGAGCUAUAUGAGAUCGUCACAAAGUACCGACCAGAGGUGUUGUGGUCUGACGGAGAUGGCGAUGCCCCAGACAAGUACUGGAAUAGCACAGGAUUCUUAGCCUGGCUUUACAAUGAGAGUCCGGUGCAGGAGACAGUCGUGACCAACGACCGCUGGGGGUACGGCACCAUCUGCAAACAUGGAGGGUACUACACCUGCACUGACCGCUACAACCCCGGACACCUGCUGAAACACAAGUGGGAAAACUGUAUGACCAUCGACCAGAAGUCCUGGGGAUACAGAAGGAACGCUGAGCUUAAGGACUACCUAACCAUAGAGGAGCUGCUAAAGACACUGGUAGAGACGGUGUCCUGUGGUGGGAACCUCCUGAUGAAUGUGGGGCCCACUCAUGAUGGACGAAUCGCCCCCAUAUUUGAGGAGCGUCUCCGGCAGGUGGGCCAGUGGCUGGCGGUCAAUGGGGAGGCCAUUUACAACAGCAGCGCCUGGAGGUCCCAGAAUGACAGCGCCUCGCCCGGAGUCUGGUACACUUGGAGGCCAAAGGAAGGCGCCAUCUAUGCAGUCAUCCUGCAGUGGCCUGACAGUGGAUAUGUAGCUCUCAAUGAACCUAUGGUCCUGGAGGGAAAGACUGAGGUGGUGCUUCUCGGUUAUCAGCAGCCUCUGAAGUGGCAGCCCUUGAAGCCCAAUGGACUGAAGGUGUUUCUGCCCCAGCUUCCUUAUGGCCAAAUGCCCUGCUUUUGGGCCUGGACCCUCCGACUAACUGGAGCAGGAUAGAGUGGGACUGUCGCCUUUAGUUAUACACACAUUUAUUUUUUGUUGUCAUCCAGGGAAAUUUGCUUGAAAUCAUGAAUGAAUGAUGAAUCAGAUGAAUCAGAGUGAUUGCACACCAGGUGUACUGUGAAUGGAGAGCUCCAUGUUUUUUUUCUUUUUACAUUAACUGUACUGCAUUCCUAGUAAGAAGAAAAGGGAAAGGAAAUUUAUUUUAUAUGCUGUGCAAUGUGGUGAAGAACCAAAUUCAGAUGCAUUUUUCCAAAAUUCCAGAGAAUGAGAGCCAGCUGCAUCAAUUUACCUACAAUUUAUGUGGUAAUGGUGGAGGUGCUUGGGAUAUUCAUCAGAUAUCACAAAACUUAAAUUUGUUCCGUGCAUUACAUCCUGUACCAGGUUAUACCUCAGUAGGGUUUGUUAUCAUUUUUGUCUUUUCAACAUUUAUACUGCUGUCAUUACAGCCACAACAGCCCUGAAAGUGAUAUAUUGUUUAUCCAAACACCCCUGUUUAUUCCAUCUGUGUGAGCACAGCACAAAGAAUAGUGCAGUUAAAUUAAUCCCAUACCUGUUUGCCUAUAUAUAGCAUAAGGGUCUUUUUACACCUUUAUACAAACCAUUGGUAGGCAGAUAUAUAUGGUAUACCAUUCACUUAUCUUUGAAUAUUUCUUGAUGGAGCCCAAAACUGCUUGUUUGAUUUUAGCACUUUAAAUAUCCAGUAAUCAUAUGAGAGCACUUUACUGAACAAUGUAUGAAGACAACUGUAUGAAGACAACUUUAAUUAAUAAUACCUUUUUCUGAAUUUUAGAUAUCAUUUUUAACCGUUUUUUUUUUACCAAUUAUUAUCAAUAUAAUAUCUGGAAUAAAGGUGACUAUGGUCUGUGGUUCCACAUAA